AUGAAUCCGUUACGACCGCUCUCGCGAGCUCUGCGGCAGCAAGCACGGGCCAAGACCAAUGUACUCUCCCAACGCCGUCAUCUCAGCAUCCACGAAUACCAAUCACAAUCCCUCCUUCGCGACGCCGGCGUCCCAGUACCACAAGGCCAUCUAGCGACCACACCAUCCGAAGCCCUCAGCCACGCCGAGGCCCUCGGCGGCAACACAGUCGUCCUCAAAUCCCAGAUCCUCGCGGGCGGCCGCGGAAAGGGCCAGUUCCUCAACAGCUCCGUCUCCGGCGGCAUCCAGCUCGCUGACUCACCCUCCCAGGCCGAAAAGCUGGCGAGCGGCAUGCUCGGCCACCACCUCGUGACCAAGCAAACCAAACCCGAGGGUAUCAAGGUCGAGAAGUUGUACAUCGCCGAAAAGGUCCCUUACACAAACGAAUACUACCUCUCCAUCACCAUCGAUCGCGAAGCAGCCGCCCCAGCACUCAUCGUUUCCCGCCACGGCGGCAUGAACAUCGAAGACGCCGCCAAAACGGACCCUUCCUCCGUCGCGAAGCUCCGCUUUGACUACCUCGCCGAUGAAGUCGACUCCACGACUUUGUACACCGCCCAAAAAGCCCUCGAUCUACCCGACGAGGAGCUCGAGGGCCUUCGGACGCUCCUCACGAAGCUCAUCACGCUCUUCAAGCAGAAAGACGCCACACUAAUCGAAAUCAACCCCCUCGUCCGCACAAACUCCAAACAACUACUAUGUCUCGACGCAAAGUUCUCCUUCGACAACGCCGCCGCCCCACGCCAAAAAGAGCUUUUCUCCUGGGAAGAGAAAGCCGCGCGGGAGAAGUCCGAAGUCGAGGCCGAGAAAUCAGGGCUUGUGUAUGUGAGGCUAGAGGGGGAUAUUGGGAAUGUAGUCAAUGGUGCUGGGCUGGCGAUGGCGACGAAUGAUGCGGUUGAGUUUUAUGGUGGGAGGAGUGCAAAUUUUCUGGAUGCGGGUGGGCAGGCGACCAAGGAGACGAUGGUGGAUGCGUUUCGGAUUAUUUUGGAUGAUGAGCGGGUUAGGGUGAUUUUAGUGAAUAUUUAUGGUGGAAUCAUUCGCUGCGACAUGAUCGCUGAAUCCAUCAUCGCAGCCGCUGCCGAGCUAGGACCACUGAGAGUUCCAAUUGUUGUCCGUCUGCAGGGCACGAACGCUGAGAAGGGACAGCAGAUGAUAGCGGAAUGCGACCUCGACAUUCACGCCGCGGCGGGAUUCGGAGAGGCGGCAAAGAAGGCGACCGAGAUGGCUGCUGCCGCGGCCGCGGAAAUGGAUCCUGGAAGGAAGGAGCUGGAUCAAGGCCCUGUUGGAUCGUAG